CUUGGAGAGCCUGGUAGCCUGGAGCCUCUGUGACUUUACCCCUCCUGCAUCUCUGCAUCUCAGAGGACUCCAGACAGAAUCACUCCAUGCAAUCAAGAAAGUUGAUGCUAUAAGGCCCAUCUCAGGCUGACCUUGACACCUCUCUUGCCCUGCUCUUUCCAACCAGACGUCUACACUUCAUUUUGGAAGAAGACUAAAAAUGGUGUUUCCAAUGUGGACAUUGAAGAGACGAUUUUUUAUCCUUUUAAACAUUAUCUUUAUUUCCAAACUUGGGGCUAGAUGGUUUCCUAAAACUCUGCCCUGUGAUGUCAGUCUGAAUGAUUCCAACACCCAAGUGAUUGUGGACUGCACAGACAAACAUUUGACAGAAAUUCCUGAAGGUAUUCCCACCAACACGACCAACCUCACUCUCACCAUUAACCAUAUACCAAGUAUCUCUCCAGCCUCCUUCCACCAGCUGGAGCAGCUGGUAGAGAUUGAUUUCAGAUGCAACUGUGUGCCUAUUCGACUGGGGCCAAAAGACAACAUUUGUACCAAGAGGCUGCAGAUCAAACCCAGAAGUUUUAGUGGACUCACUUAUUUAAAAUCCCUUUACCUAGAUGGAAACCAGCUUCUAGAAAUACCACUGGGUCUUCCUUCCAGCUUACAGCUGCUGAGUCUUGAGGCCAACAACAUCUUUUCCAUCAACACAAGUAAUCUAACAGAACUGACCAACAUAGAAAAACUCUACUUGGGCCAGAACUGCUAUUAUCGCAAUCCUUGUAAUGUUUCAUUUUACAUUGAAAAAGAUGCUUUCAAAAAGCUACUGAAUUUAAAAUUGCUCUCCCUAAAAGAUAACAAUAUCACAGCUGUCCCCACUAUUUUGCCACCUACUUUAAUAGAACUCUAUCUUUACAACAACAUCAUUGCAAAAAUUCAAGAGGAUGAUUUUAGUAACCUCAAUCAACUGCAGAUUCUUGACCUAAGUGGAAACUGCCCUCGUUGUUAUAAUGCCCCAUUUCCUUGUAUACCCUGUGAAAAUAAUUCUCCCCUACAGAUCCAUGUAAAUGCUUUUGAUGCGUUGACAGAAUUACAAGUUUUACAUCUACACAGUAACUCUCUUCAAUAUGUACCCCAAAGGUGGUUUAAAAACCUUAACAAACUUAAGGAACUAGAUCUUUCCCAAAACUUCUUGGCCAAAGAAAUUGGGGAUGCCAAAUUUUUGUAUCUUCUCCACAACCUUGUCCAAUUGGAUCUGUCUUUCAAUUAUGAACUUCAGGUCUACCGUGCACAUAUGAAACUGUCAGAUGCAUUUUCUUCACUGAAAAACCUGAAAGUGUUGCGGAUCAAAGGAUAUGUCUUUAAGGAGCUGAAUUUCUUUGACCUCUCCCCAUUACAUAAUCUUACCAAUCUUGAAGUUCUUGAUCUUGGCACUAACUUUAUAAAAAUUGCUGACCUCAGCAUAUUUAAACAGUUUAAAACAUUGAAAGUGAUAGAUCUUUCCAUGAAUAAAAUAUCACCUUCAGGAGAGCCAAGUGAAGUUGGCUUCUGCUCUAACACCAGAACUUCUGUAGGACCUUAUGGGCUCCAGAUCUCUGGAGCAUCACAUUAUUUCAGCUAUGAUGAAGAUGCAAGGAGUUGCCGAUUCAAAACCAAAGACCCUCCUUCCUCGCUUUUUAAUGAAGAGUGUUACAUGUAUGGGCAGACCUUGGACCUAAGUAAAAAUAAUAUAUUUUUUAUCCAGCCCUCUGAUUUUCAGCAUCUUUAUUUCCUCCAAUGCCUAAACUUGUCAGGAAAUAGCAUUGGUCAAACUCUUAAUGGCAGUGAAUUUCAGUAUUUAGCAGAGUUGAAAUAUUUGGACAUCUCUAACAACCGGCUCGAUUUACUCUACUCAACAGCAUUUGAGGGGCUACGCAAUCUGGAAGUUCUGGAUAUAAGUAGUAACAACCAUUAUUUUCUAUCAGAAGGAAUUACUCACAUGCUAAACUUUACCAAGAAUCUAAAGUUUCUCAAGAAACUGAUGAUGAAUGACAAUGACAUCUCUACCUCCACUAGCAGGACCAUGGAGAGUGAAUCUCUUAGAACUCUGGAAUUCAGAGGAAAUCAUUUGAAUGUUCUAUGGAGAGAUGGUGAUGACAGAUAUUUCAAUUUCUUCAAGAAUUUGACAAACUUAGAGGAAUUAGACAUCUCUGCAAAUUCCCUGACUUUCUUGCCUUCUGGAGUUUUUGAUGGUAUGCCUGCACAUCUAAAGACUCUCUUUUUGGCCAAAAAUGGGCUCAAAUCUUUUAAUUGGGGGAGACUUCAGUAUCUGAAGAAUCUAGAGACUUUGGACCUCAGCUACAACCAGCUGAAAACUGUCCCUGAGAGAUUAUCCAACUGUUCCAGGAACCUCAAGAAACUAAUUCUUCACAAUAAUCAAAUCAGGCGUCUGACAAAGUAUUUUCUACAAGAUGCUUUCCAGUUGCGAUAUCUGGACCUCAGCUCAAAUAAAAUCCAGAUUAUCCAAAAGACUAGCUUUCCAGAAAACGUCCUCAACAAAUUGGAGAUGUUGCUUUUGCAUCGUAAUCGUUUUUUGUGCACCUGUGAUGCUGUGUGGUUUGUCUGGUGGGUUAACCAUACAGAGGUGACUAUUCCUCACUUGGCUACAGAUGUGACUUGUGUGGGGCCAGGAGCACACAAGGGCCAGAGUGUGGUCUCUCUGGAUCUAUAUACAUGUGAAUUAGAUCUAACUAACUUGAUUCUGUUCUCUCUCUCCAUAUCGGCCGCUCUCUUUCUGAUGGUAGUUGUGACAGUGAGCCACCUGUAUUUCUGGGACGUGUGGUAUAGUUACCAUUUCUGUAAGGCCAAAAUACAGGGGUAUCAACGUCUGAUAUCCCCAGACUCUUGCUAUGAUGCUUUUAUUGUGUAUGACACUAAAGACCCAGCAGUGACAGAAUGGGUUUUGGAUGAGCUGGUGGCCAAAUUGGAAGACCCAAGAGAGAAACAUUUUAAUUUAUGUCUUGAGGAAAGGGACUGGUUACCAGGGCAGCCAGUUCUGGAAAACCUGUCCCAGAGCAUACAGCUUAGCAAAAAGACGGUGUUUGUGAUGACAGAAAAGUACGCAAAGACUGAGAAUUUUAAGAUUGCAUUUUACUUGUCCCAUCAGAGGCUCAUGGAUGAAAAAGUAGAUGUAAUUAUCUUGAUAUUCCUUGAGAAGCCCCUUCAGAAGUCCAAGUUCCUCCAGCUCCGGAAGAGGCUCUGUGGAAGUUCUGUCCUUGAGUGGCCAACAAACCCACAGGCUCACCCAUACUUUUGGCAGUGUCUGAAAAAUGCCCUGGCCACAGACAAUCAUGUGACCUAUAGCCGGGUGUUCAAAGAGACAGUCUAGCUCUUCUUUGCAAAAUCUGACUUCCUAACUUAUGAGGGAGAAGCUUGGUUACCUAGAUUUUCUCAAAGAUGUCUCACCAAGAGUGCUUUCAAGUUUCCAGUACUUGAGCUUGCCAACAUCUGAAAGACAUCAUCAGUAUAUGACAAAGGAGUAGAAAAUGGGAUUUAUAUAAUGCAUUGAGUCAUCUUUCUUAUCUCUCUGCGUCCAUUGGCACUUGAGUCUCUACCUUCUGCUCCUGUAUAAAAUCCUAUUGGGAGAUGGGACUCUGAUUCUUCUGUAAUUGUGAUUAUUAAACAUAUAUGCAUCAUGAAAUUAAGCACUACACUUCCACCCUUAAGAAGUACUGGUUUGUAUGUAAAUAGGGUAAAAAAUGCUCGAGUUCUAUUCAUAUAACAUCAGAUUGUACCAGAGUUAAUCAAUGACAUAAAAACCUAGUUAACUCCUCAAUUAAUUACUUCAGUGUCAUCCAGCACCCCCUUCUGUGCAGAGUGUUGGCUGCCUGUCAAAAUACCACUAGCUCUUUUCCCUUGGGCCUAUUGCUGGGUUUCAUGGGGAAAUAGUGAGAAACAUCUUCACCAUCGAUGGGCAUAGUCUAUUUACAAAUGGAAAAAAAAAGUGAUCUGUUUUCAUACAAAAUGAUGCUGUUUACCUUUGAUAAUAAUUUACCCACUUAAAUAUUAUAUGGACUUUUUGUUUGCUCCCCCCAAAAUUCAUAUGUUCAAAUCCUAACCCUCAAUGUGCUGGUAUUAGGAGAGGGGCCUUUGGGAGGUGAUACGGUCCUAAAAGUGGAGUCUUCAUGAUAGGAUUAGUGCCUGUAUAAGAAGAAGCCAAAGUACUAGCUUGCUGUCUUCCCACCACAUGUGGAUACAGAGAGAAGUCAACAGUCUGCAACCCAGAAGAGGAUCCUCCCCAGAACUAGACCGUUUCGGCACCCUGACCUGAGACUUCCAUCCUCCAAAACUGCAAGAAAUAAAUGUUUGUUGUUUAAGCCA